CGCGCGCCGACGGUCUAGAAGGUUUCUUUUUCUCCCCAGGGAGAGCGCGCGGCUGACGCACCCCGGACGCGCGGCGGCACCGGGAGGCCGGGGCGAGCGGUUUUGAACGAGUAUCUCAGGUUGGACCCAUAAACAAGAUUUAUUGUAACUUUGAAGUGGAAUAAGGCUAUACAUUAUUAAUGUGGAUGCUGUCAUCUGAAUUUCAAUAGUCAUGGCACAAGAAUAUAACGACACAGCUGAGUAGAAAGUUGAUUCCAUUUGAAGGCACAGAGGGAAAGCCUGGGAUUAUGGCAAUCACAGAAUUGCAGUAAUACAAGUUCCAUUCGUUUUCUUCUGAAAGAAAGUUGUUACAGUGAUGCAGAGGAACGACUGUGGAUUAUAAUGUUUUGAUUGAAAAUACCAAUAUUCAGAGCUAGGAAAAUAAGGCAUCUUUUAACCUUUUAAAUGAAAAAGAUUAAGAUCUCAUGCAACUGUUGUAUUUUCUGGAAACCGUUCUCCAAAAGAGAAGUGCACAUUUAACACUUGCCACGAUGGUGGCCCUUUCUGCAGGGAUUUAAGUCUAAUUGCUUAUACAUCAUGACCAGCCUGAAACGGUCACAGACGGAAAGGCCAGUCUCCUCGGAAAGGACCUCUGUGGUGGGCAGUGAUGGCGCCCCCAAAGUCCACACCGACGACCUGUACAUGCGGCGCUUCCGGUCCCAAAAUGGCAGCUUAGGACCAUCGGUCAUGGCUCCCGUAGGGCCCCCCCGCAGUGAAGGUUCUCAUCAUGUGACCUCGACCCCUGGAGUCCCAAAGAUGGGGGUGAGGGCACGAAUCGCAGAUUGGCCCCCGAGAAAAGAAAAUAUAAAAGAAUCUAGCCGUUCCAGCCAGGAAAUAGAAACCUCAAGUUGCCUUGAGAGCAUGUCCUCCAAAAGCAGUCCUGUGAGUCAGGGAAGUUCUGUUAGCCUCAACGCCAGUGACUCAGCCAUGUUAAAAAGCAUACAGAACACGCUGAAGAACAAGACGAGACCUUCGGAGAACAUGGACUCCCGAUUCCUCAUGCCGGAAGCCUAUCCCAGCUCCCCCAGGAAAGCUCUGCGCAGAAUCCGGCAGCGGAGCAACAGCGACAUCACCAUAAGUGAGCUUGACGUGGAUAGCUUUGAUGAAUGUAUCUCGCCCACCUACAAGACGGGGCCCUCGCUGCACAGGGAAUAUGGCAGCACCUCUUCAAUCGAUAAGCAGGGAACGUCCGGAGAAAGCUUCUUUGAUUUGUUAAAGGGCUACAAAGACGACAAAUCGGACCGAGGGCCGACUCCGACCAAGCUGAGUGAUUUUCUCAUUGCCGGUGGGGGCAAGGGUUCUGGCUUCUCGCUGGAUGUUAUAGACGGACCCAUCUCACAGAGAGAGAAUCUCAGGCUCUUCAAGGAGAGGGAAAAGCCACUCAAGCGACGGUCCAAGUCCGAAACUGGAGACUCGUCCAUCUUUCGUAAAUUACGCAAUGCCAAAGGUGAAGAGCUUGGGAAAUCCUCGGACCUUGAAGAUAACCGAUCAGAAGACUCGGUCAGGCCCUGGACAUGUCCAAAGUGCUUUGCCCACUAUGAUGUCCAGAGCAUAUUAUUUGACCUGAACGAGGCCAUCAUGAACAGGCACAAUGUCAUUAAGAGGAGAAACACGACCACGGGGGCCUCGGCAGCCGCGGUGGCCUCGCUGGUCUCGGGACCUUUGUCCCACUCGGCCAGCUUCAGCUCCCCCAUGGGCAGCACGGAGGACCUGAACUCCAAAGGCAGCCUCAGCAUGGACCAGGGGGACGACAAAAGCAAUGAACUUGUCAUGAGCUGUCCUUACUUUCGGAACGAGAUAGGUGGCGAGGGGGAGAGGAAGAUCAGCCUGUCCAAGUCCAACUCUGGCUCCUUCAGUGGAUGUGAAAGUGCCUCCUUUGAGUCCACCCUCAGCUCCCACUGCACCAACGCAGGAGUGGCCGUGCUGGAAGUGCCCAAGGAAAACCUGGUGUUGCACCUGGACAGAGUGAAGAGAUACGUCGUGGAACACGUGGAUCUUGGUGCAUACUAUUACAGGAAAUUUUUCUACCAGAAAGAACACUGGAACUAUUUUGGGGCUGAUGAGAAUCUUGGUCCGGUGGCUGUGAGCAUUCGAAGGGAAAAACCAGAAGAAAUGAAAGAAAACGUAUCUCCAUACAACUACCGAAUAAUUUUUAGAACUAGUGAGCUCAUGACGCUGAGAGGUUCGGUCCUCGAGGAUGCCAUUCCCUCAACAGCAAAGCACUCGACUGCCAGAGGGCUGCCCCUGAAGGAGGUGCUGGAGCAUGUGAUUCCCGAGCUGAAUGUCCAUUGCCUGCGGCUGGCCUUCAACACCCCCAAAGUCACAGAGCAGCUCAUGAAGCUGGACGAACAAGGGCUGAACUAUCAGCAGAAAGUGGGUAUCAUGUACUGCAAAGCUGGACAGAGCACAGAAGAAGAGAUGUACAACAAUGAAUCAGCCGGCCCUGCCUUUGAGGAAUUCCUUCAGCUGUUGGGAGAACGUGUUCGGCUCAAAGGGUUCGAGAAGUAUCGUGCACAGCUUGACACCAAAACUGACUCCACUGGAACUCAUUCUCUGUACACGACGUACAAGGACUAUGAAAUCAUGUUCCACGUCUCCACCAUGCUGCCCUACACACCCAACAACAAGCAGCAGCUCCUGCGGAAGAGGCACAUUGGAAAUGAUAUCGUAACCAUCGUUUUCCAAGAGCCUGGAGCACAGCCAUUCAGCCCAAAAAACAUCCGCUCCCACUUCCAGCACGUUUUUGUCAUUGUGCGGGCUCACAGCCCUUGCACGGACGGUGUCUGUUACAGUGUGGCCGUCACCAGGUCCAGAGAUGUACCUUCCUUUGGACCUCCCAUCCCCAAAGGAGUCACUUUCCCUAAGUCAAAUGUGUUCAGGGACUUCCUUUUGGCGAAAGUCAUCAACGCAGAAAACGCUGCUCAUAAAUCGGAAAAGUUCCGGGCCAUGGCCACACGGACCCGCCAGGAGUACCUGAAAGAUCUGGCAGAAAAGAAUGUCACCAACACCCCUAUCGACCCUUCUGGCAAGUUCCCUUUCAUCUCUCUGGCCUCCAAGAAGAAGGAGAAAUCUAAGCCCUAUCCGGGAGCGGAGCUCAGCAGCAUGGGGGCCAUAGUGUGGACGAUUCGCGCCAAAGACUACAACAAGGCUGUGGAAAUGGACUGCCUGUUAGGGGUGUCCAACGAGUUCAUUGUUCUCAUCGAGCAAGAAACUAAGAGUGUGGUUUUCAACUGUUCCUGCAGAGACGUGAUUGGGUGGACUUCAUCUGACACCAGCCUCAAAAUCUUCUACGAGCGAGGAGAGUGUGUAUCCGUGGAGAGUUUUGUUAGCAGUGAGGACAUCAAGGAGAUCGUAAAAAGGUUGCAGUUUGUGUCAAAAGGUUGUGAGUCGGUGGAGAUGACUCUGCGAAGGAAUGGGCUAGGGCAGCUUGGCUUCCAUGUUAACUACGAGGGCAUCGUGGCAGACGUGGAGCCCUACGGCUACGCCUGGCAAGCAGGGCUGAGGCAGGGCAGCCGGCUGGUGGAGAUCUGCAAGGUGGCAGUGGCUACCCUGAGCCAUGAGCAGAUGAUUGACCUCCUGAGAACAUCUGUCACAGUGAAAGUCGUCAUUAUCCCCCCUCAUGAGGACUGCACCCCUCGGAGGAGUUGCUCUGAAACCUACCGCAUGCCAGUGAUGGAGUACAAAAUGAAUGAAGGAGUUUCCUAUGAGUUCAAGUUCCCCUUCCGAAACAAUAACAAGUGGCAGAGGAAUGCCAGCAAGGGAACUCAUGCCCCACAAGUGCCACCCCAGGUGCAGAGUCCCAUGACCUCACGGCUGAACGCAGGGAAAGGAGACGGGAAGAUGCCUCCUCCAGAAAGAGCUGCCAACAUCCCCCGGAGCAUUUCCAGUGAUGGGCGCCCCCUGGAGAGGCGGCUGUCUCCUGGUUCGGACAUCUAUGUGACGGUCUCAUCCAUGGCAUUAGCAAGAUCCCAGCAGUGCCGCAACUCCCCGAGCAACCUGUCUUCCUCCAGUGAGACGGGCUCGGGCGGCGGCACAUACAGGCAGAAAUCCAUGCCCGAAGGGUUUGGAGUGAGCCGCAGAUCCCCAGCCUCCAUCGACAGGCAGAAUACUCAGUCGGACCUCGGUGGCAGCGGGAAGGCCACACCCAGCUGGCAGAGAAGUGAAGACAGCAUUGUCGACCAGUUGGAGCCAACGUGCCAUCUCCCCGCAGUAUCAAAAGUACUGCCGACUUUCCGAGAGAGCCCCAGUGGGAGGUUAAUGCGGCAGGAUCCAGUGGUGCAUUUGUCUCCAAACAAACAAGGACACUCUGACAGCCACUACUCCAGCCACUCCAGCAGCAACACCCUCUCCAGCAACGCUUCGAGCGCCCACAGUGACGAGAAGUGGUACGAUGGGGACCGCACCGAAUCCGAACUCAACAGCUACAACUACCUGCAGGGCACGUCCGCCGACAGCGGCAUCGACACCACCUCGUACGGCCCCAGCCACGGCAGCACGGUCUCCCUGGGGGCAGCCACGUCGUCCCCUCGCUCAGGACCCAGCAAGGAGAAGGUGGCGCCCCUGUGGCAUAGCUCCAGUGAAGUGAUCUCCAUGGCAGAUCGAACUUUAGAGACAGAGAGCCACGGCAUGGACCGGAAGGCAGAGUCGUCACUGAGCUUGGACAUCCACAGCAAGAGCCCCGUGGGAUCCAACCCUUUGACGCGGGAGAACAGCACUUUCAGUAUGAACGACGCUGCUUCCCACACAAGCACCAUGAGCUCCCGACACUCUGCCAGCCCUGUCGUCUUCACCAGUGCCCGCAGCUCGCCCAAAGAAGAGCGCCACCCCGCCGCCCCGCCACAGCUCACGCCCUCCUUCUCCUCCUCCUCCUCCUCCUCCUCCGGCCCCCGGACUUUCUACCCUCGCCAGGGCGCCACGAGCAAGUACCUGAUUGGAUGGAAAAAACCCGAAGGAACCAUUAACUCUGUGGGAUUUAUGGACACAAGAAAGCGUCAUCAGAGCGAUGGCAAUGAAAUAGCCCACACCAGGCUGCGUGCCUCAACCAGGGACCUGCGGGCAUCCCCUAAACCAACCUCCAAAUCCACCAUUGAGGAGGAUCUCAAGAAACUCAUUGACCUGGAAAGCCCAACUUCUGACUCCCAGAAGAACUUUAAGUUCCAUGCACUCUCCUCUCCUCAGUCUCCUUUCCCCACCACCCCCACAUCAAGGCGGGCCCUGCACCGAACACUGUCGGACGAGAGCAUCUACAGUGGCCAGAGGGAGCACUUCUUCGCCUCCAGGGCCUCACUCCUGGACCAGGCUCUCCCCAACGACGUCCUCUUCAGCAGCACGUACCCUUCUCUCCCCAAGUCUCUUCCGUUGCGGAGGCCUUCCUACACCUUGGGGAUGAAGUCGCUGCACGGAGAGUUCUCCGCCUCGGACAGCUCCCUCACCGACAUCCAGGACACGCGACGGCCCAUGCCUGACCCCGGGCUGAUGCCCCUGCCCGAUGCUGCUGCAGAUCUGGACUGGUCCAACUUGGUGGAUGCUGCCAAGGCCUAUGAGGUCCAGAGAGCCUCGUUCCUUGCUGCUAGUGAUGAAAGCCCUCGGCCCUUGAGCGCGGCAUCCAACGGUGACCAGCUGGAGGAGCAGGCCCUGGCCCAGAUGAAGUCUUACAGCAGUAAAGAUUCCUCUCCCACUCUGGCUUCUAAAGUGGACCGACUGGAAGGUAUGCUGAAGAUGCUUCGGGAAGAUUUGAAGAAGGAAAAGGAAGACAAAGCCCACCUUCAGGCCGAAGUUCAGCACCUGCGCGAGGACAACCUGAGGCUGCAAGAAGAGUCCCAGAAUGCCUCUGACAAGCUGAAGAAAUUCACAGAAUGGGUCUUCAAUACCAUAGACAUGAGUUAGGGGAGGCUAGGUGGCCAGGAGGGGGUGCCCUCCCGUGCGAGUCUGGAAGCCCCUGGUCAUGCCAUUGAACGAUUCUCCGAGUGCCCUCCCUGUGCCCUCCUUUGCCCUCCUUCAGGGAGGCACAACACAGUUGCAGAUAACAAUCAUUAUCUGCCUUUUGUAGAAAAGAAAACAAAAAAAAGUCAAUAAAAAUUUUAAAAAGUAAAAUAAAAGUUUAACUGCUAAAAUGUGAAUGUCUUUAUUUUUUUGCACAAUUAUCUUUAUCUGUUAUGUAUUUAAAAAGAAACUGGGCCAGGGACCAGGGCCUCCCAGGCCCAUGUGCCACUUUCUUACCUACUUCAGGUAACCCCAGCUUUCCCUCCUCAUGCCAACAAAUGUCAUUAUUCUAGGAAUAUAAAGUUUUUUAAAACUUUCUUUGGGGACGGGGAGGGUUCUUCCUCACUACUCCAUUCCUAAAAUGCCUGGAGAGGGAGGUGCUGAAAAUGCCCGCCUCCCUUGAAUGAGUUGUGCAUGAGCUAGCGCUGUCUGUGUCCAUCUACAGCCAAGACCUGCAGGACCGGGGUUACCCGUAGGGAGUGACCCCGAGCGAGGCGGAGUCUGUGCCUGCAGCCACGCUCCAGCUGUCCUCCCGCCCGCCCCGGGGAGACUGGCCCAGAGCUGAAGCCUGUCUUAUUUCCUAAGCCCCACUAACUUGAAAUCAGCCUCUCCACAUUCAUUGAUAUCAGAAUUCUGCUAAACUAAAAUCUUAUUUGUACACAUUUUGGUCAAAAGGACAGUUAAAAAUAGAACAAAUUAGGGUUUGUUAGCUGCUCAAAAUUAACUAUUAUAAACAAAUCAGUCCUUCUCUCCAAAGCAAGAAUUCACCAGUAUUGUAGCUAAAAGUAAAUGUUGAAUUGUGAAUGUUAUUACUUGCUUCGGAGCAAUGACUAUAACUAGAACGGGCUGUUGGUCCUGCAUGUCCCAGUGUGCACCUGACGCACGGCAUUUUCUGCAUCUCUGUGUGGCCAGCCACAGGUGUCUGCUGCAGAAGUGAUUGGGUGCUCUUUUUUUCCUAGUCUAGUGAGGCUGCUGCCUUGGACCCUGGGCCUUUGUUCCAAGGCCCUCAGUCCUGCAGAGCAGAGACACUGGCCCACUGGUGUUGAGAGCACCCAGGGGAGUCCCUGGCAGCCUUGUUUCUCACCUUCAUAAUCACCUCUAACCUGGUCCCUGAUCCCCUCUGUGGCAACUCUGAUCUAAGGGAACAUGGAGAAAUCUAGUGACAGCUGCUCAGAAGUUCCCUGUCCCAAGUCAUCACAACUCGUUCCUCUCUCCAUCCCUGAAAGACAUGGGGAUGAUUUUCCUCUCUCCUCCCCAUCUCUUACCUCCAUCACCAAACUUUUAUGCUACAGUUUCAUUCAUGAUUGUGAUUUCUCCAUGGGAUUUUUUUUUUCCUGGUGACAUUCCUAUCAUGGAAAUAGGAAGAUUUCGGAGUGCUUUGUAAGGGUCUCCACUGUCUGGCUCUUCUCUCUGACUUGUAUGAAGGAGAUUGUACAUGGCCCAAUGUCUCUUUGUAAAUGAGAACUCUGCUAACAUCCGAGCAUUCUGAAGUCUUGCUUGUCCAUCUGAGUUUAGUUUUUAUUUUGUUUUACUUUUGUUGGGGACUUGGGGCAAGCUAUUUAUUAGGUUUUGCAACAGAGUUCUUGUUUGAAGCCUUUAAAGACUACUUGUAAAAUUCAAACAAUAAAAUUCAUUUU